AUGUACAUCGAGUUGUCAAAAGAUCGAAAGGAUGGGACAAAAUGUCUGGCUCUGUCACCUCUCUCCCCAAAACCAUCAUCAUACCUGUCCUUUCGGGCUCGUAGGGACUUGUUCUUAUCAGAAUCAAACGCUAUCCAAAAAAACCGACAUGUUGCGUGCGUCAUUGAAGCUUGUUUUGAGACGGCCGAAGCGUGUCCUACAAAGCACGCGCCAGCCCCGGUCAGCGAGAGAUUCGCGUCCAGAUACCAGUUUCCCGAUGAACAAGGAACGCCUCCAGAUCAAUUCGAUUUCCUGAGCCUUGAAUCGUUUGAAACCAUGUCGCAUAAUCCAAAGUUUUGGUUACCACUCCCCGACCCUGACCGUGCGCUCUCGACCGCGUAUCUUGUCCUUGUCCGGAUGAUCAUGUACAUGGGCCGUCCAAAGGUAUCGGACGAGGAGAGAAACAAACACUGGGAGGAUCUUGAGUUUGCGGCUGCCCCACCAACUUCAGAGAUUGGGCGCGCUAGGACCUGUGUUUCGAUAUGCACCAGCGUGAUCGCUCACAUUCUCUCUUCGACCCCGAAUGACUCGCCAUUACGCAUGUCCCAUCCACAAGUUUUUGAAACCAACGAGGCUCUUGUAAUGUUGUACGACUCCUUUUUGGCUGACAGAGUAAAAGACGGGAAGGGGUGGGAGCCAACCCCACUCUCACGGCUUCCCUCCUCCGAGUUCACCGUCCACGUCUUCCGCAACCCCUCAACUGCCCGCAUCCAAAAUAUCCUCCUCAUAGACUUGGAUAGUGCGUGGUUCACGGACUGGUUGCAAUCCCCCAAGUCCCGAAACCUGGACGAGUUCACGCGAGGCUUCGACGACUCAUCAUUACGCAAGGCCCACUCAAACACCUUUGAUACCACUCAGGAACUGGUGCUUGCGCGAUCGAGAUAUUCUUGGCAUAUCGUGUGCGAGAGAAAAAGGGACGGGAAAUGGUUACAGAACAACUCCGAGGUGGACCGAAUUUUGGAGGUGCACUUUGCUGGCAGUGCUGAUAGAACUUGGAGUUUAUCUAAUUGGACGAAGCAGGUUCGAACGUUCCUAGCGGGGGAUGUGAUUUCUGGAACGGGAUACGGCAUCCAAGUCAUCCUCUUUGUAUCCUGCGCGACCAUUCUCUACUCGCAGUACUCCCGCUCCCUGCGUUCCUCCUCUUCCUUCUUAAUCAAGGGGGACACAAGAGCCCUGUUCCUCCUCCUCUAUAUAACCCUCCUGUUCGUCGUCGAAUCGAUCUAUACCGCAGUUCAAGCACGCACUGUACAAUUGAUGUAUAUCGAUAACCGAAACUACCCUGGGGGACCGUGGGCUUACUUCCUUGCGACGCAAAAACUCCCGGUUAACAUUUUGCCCGUGCUUUUCCACCCCGCGCAGCGUGUACCCCACUUGAGUAUGAGAACGAACGGUGACACUGUCAUUCGGAUGUGCUUGAUCAAGGGGACGACUUGGAUCAAGGUUACAGCAAUUCGUGGCAAUGCUUAG